ACUUCCUCUUGAAUUAUUAGCUAUCGUCAUCAUCGUCGUCGUCGUCAACGUACCCAUCAGCAGGCUGAACUCUUCUGUUAACAGUUAUUUUUAUAUCAUCCCUUUAGGCUCGUCUCAUUCUCAGUUUGUAACUGGUUCAUAACCAAGAUUAAACACAUUAUCUUUCCGUCUUUCACCAUGAAGCUCUCUUUACAUUUGAUGUUCAUCGUGUGCUAUGUUGUUGCUCUCAGCGCCAGCUUACCCUUCCUGCACAAACGUGGAGGAAUCAAGGUAUCACUCAAAUCAUCCGGACGGCCAUCUCAAGGCCAUCAGAGAUAUACACUCAAGCCGAACGGCCCUCAACUAGCGAAGGACGGAAAGUUUCGAAGUCCCGCCGUUUCUAAGAACAUGACCCCACGGUUCAAAUCGAUGCGACGAAGAGUCGCUGAAGCACACCUCGGUGUGAUGGAAAAGCGAAGCCCACUAGACUCCCCACUAGCCACCCUUUUCGGAACGGCUUCAUCGACCGCUAGUUCGCUCCCGGUUGUCGGUGUUCCUCUGACGAGUCUUUUGUCAAGUCUGCCUACGAACUCGUUGGCCUCUCCUGGUGCGGUUACCGGCCUCCUCGGCACGUUGACGGGUGCGGCCCAGAGCGCCCCGGUGCUUGGCGACUUGCUCAAGAUGCUGCCAAUCAGCCCCCUGCUCAAGGGUAACCCACUCGACAACCUCAAGAACACUCUCUCUGGCCUCUUCAUAGCUAUCCCCGUCCUCGGUGGUCCUCUCAGCGGACUCUCUGGCGCCGCAACUGGUAUCGCUGGCUCCCUCCCCAUCUCGUUGUUCGACAUGGGAUCCGCGUCCCCUGCUGGUUCACAGCGGACCCUCAAGUCGGCCGAAACUAGCGACGAACAAUCCGAAUCAUCACCCCUGACCAACCUCUUGGGUCGCUCUCUAAGCUCCAGGAAACUGAUCGCCGCAAGAGAACAUUAAUUA